CACGUGUUUUUCUUUAUAUUAAUCGUCGAGAAACCAGUAAGAUUUUACUGCCCGCUACAAACCUUGGUCUCCCCAACCCUCGGAAAACAAAACGGACAAAUGGCCGACGAUGCAGCCGCGCCGCUCCUCCCCUCCUCCGGCGAACUAAUCACCACCUCAGCAGCGCGCAAAGAUCCUUCUUUUAACCGCAAAAACACUCCCACCACCUCCAUCAACGACGCCAUCGAACCCUAUAUGGAUUCGGCCGCCGGAGCGCGCCAUCUUCUUCUCCCUGCUCUCGCCGCCUUCGCCUGGUUCUUCGACGCGCAACAGGUUUUCAUCUCCAUCUUCUCCGACGCCUCACCUCCAUGGCACUGCACCACCUCCCCCUGCACUCCCUCCCCUACUCCCUGCACUUUCCCUCCCGCCUCCUGGUCUUAUUCCUUCCCCAAUCACAUUUCCACCAUCUCCGAUUUCUCCCUGUAUUGCUCCUCCCCUGUUCUCCUCGGCCUCCCCACCUCCUCCUUCUACGCCGGAUGUUUCUUCGGAGGCCUCCUUUUAGCCACCAUAGCCGAUUCACAGCUCGGCCGCAAAAACACUCUCGUCCUCACCACGCUUCUCAUGUCGAUAACCUCCGCUCUCACCGCCAUGUCCCCCAACAUCGCAGUUUAUGCCGCCCUCCGCUUCGCCUCUGGUCUCACCCGCGCAAACAUAGGUACCUCUGCUUUCGUCCUCUCCUCCGAACUCAUCUCCCUCCGCCAUCGCGAUGUUAUCAGUAUCCUCAACUUCUUCUUCUACACAACCGGCUUCCUCUCCCUCCCCGCCAUCGCUUUCCUCAACAGAGCAUCCUCUUGGAGAUCUCUCUAUCUAUACACCUCAAUUCCCUGCUUCUUCUACAGCAUCAUCCUCCAUUUCUCCAUGAAAGAAUCCCCCCGCUGGCUUCUAGUAAAAGGGAGAACGGAAGAAGCCAUCCAAACGCUUAAAAAUCUCACCUUUAUAGAAAAACAAAGCUUCUCUGAUUUGACGGAGAUCGAAAUCACGUCGACGGAGAACGAUAUCUUCUCGGCGGCGAGGAUUCUAUGGGAGAGGCCAUGGGCUCUCCGUCGCCUGGCGGUGAUUACAGUGGUAAGCUUUGGAAUCGGAACGGUCUACUACGGCAUGCCGUUAAACCUCGGUAACCUCAGCGCUAACCUUUACCUGAGCACGGCGCUGAACGCCGUCGCAGAGCUCCCGUCAUCGCUGGCCUCCUUCUUCCUAAUCCGGUGGAUGGAGAGGCGGAAAUCGAUAAUUACGUUCACCGCCAUGAGCGGAAUCUGCAGCUUUGUCUGUACAGUAAUGACGGACGGUGGAUGGGUGGAGAUGACGGCGGAGUUGGGUUCGUUCUUCGCGGCGUGUACGGCGUGCAGCGUGAUGAUCAUAUAUGGUGCGGAGCUGUUUCCGACAUGCGUGAGGAACUCAGCGAUAGCGGUGGUGAGACAGGUGGUGGUGCUCGGCGGAGCCGGAGCGCCGGUGAUGGUAGUGGCGGGGAGGAGGUAUAAGUUUCUGUCAUUUGGGGUGUUUGGUGCGGUAAUAGUUUUCACCGGAUUGUUCGCCGGUUUGUUGCCGGAGACGAAGGGGUGUGGGAUCAGUGAUACGAUUGAGGAGGAGGAGGAGAAAGUGGCCGCCGGAAGGAACGCCGGACGGCGAUUAUGUUGACGUUAGAUAUCCAUUUCGUUUUAAAAAUAAAAAGUUAUUGUUGGUUUAUUUACUUCUAGUUUCCCUCUCAUGUAACAUAUUAUUUAAAAAACUUGAAAAACUCAAUAAAUAUGUCGUGCUAACUUCAUGAUAAGUUA